AUGGAUCAAAUUCGCAUCACGAACCCAAGCCAAUUCAGAGCAGCACUUCAAGCACUUCUAAUCGCUGACCAGCCCAAUAUCUGGGUUUCAUUGCGACAGCAAGAUAAUUUGACGCUUACAUAUAUGGAGUCGGAUAGAGAUGGCUUUGAAGGGCUUGCAGUUCGAAUGGCAGAAGAUGUAUGUAUUCAUGCAUUCCUUCUCGUAAAGAGUACUCAGUUUAAAGUUGGGUCACAAGCUUGGGUCCACACUAAUAUCCGACCGAGUCAUCAGUGCGGCAUCGUACAGUUGUGUUUCGUCGGGACAGACUCUGGUGUCACACGAGCAGCAGCUCACAGAGCCCACCACUUUCGAGGUCUCGCCGCAGCUGUAGGCAGUAUUGCUUUUGGUCUCAUGAGCGAUAAUGUGUUUGACCUUUCUGCUCUUUUAGAUAAGGUUACCAAGGAUAAAGCGUUUCAUCUUCCAACAUAUAUGACUGUCGUCCCCAACAAGGGGUUCUUCACUCUUCUAGGUAGUCCUCAAUCGCCCUUUCCAAUUUCUCUAAGCUCAUUUGUCAACACAUAUCCGUCAGUACGAGUCAACGUAGACGCAUUGUCAACAACUAGCCUUUUAGCUGAUGCAUUCAAGGUAGUGAAUGAGAUAAGGCACGAGAACCAUAGAGUGCGUGAGCAUAGGCGGAACCGAAUCCCACAACUCAAUUCGUCAGAACGACAGCCACCUAAGCUUCUUCCUCAAAUAGAUCAAGCGAACCAUAAUGUAGAGAAUAAGGAAAAUGGUCAAUGCAGUAGUACUCAUAGUCCAAUACUAGCGAAAGAGUCUCCGCCAGUGCCACCUCCUCGUACUUUAGAAAACCGCAGAACAAAAUUCAAUUCCACCCUGCACCAGCCUGGAAGUCAUUCUAAAGGCUCUGUUGUCCUUAAAACUCUGCACAAGGGAUCUGCACAGACUCUCCUUAACACCUCAGAAGAGACUUACCCUUCUGCUGGAUCGGGUGUUCAAAGUGAUCAGUCGUGUACUCCACAAGCAACCGGCUUAAAGUCCAAAGAAUAUCAAAUAACCCACUUGAAUUCCGUUCUAAUGAGCGAUACAAGCUAUCUAGAUAACUUGGAUCUUCCUUCUUCGAGUGCAAUGGCACAAUCUGAGAAGGUAGCGUCUACACUGGAGACAGGUGCCCAGGUAUCCGAGCGCACCCCACUGGGCGCUGAGAAUGUAGUGCCGACCUCAUUCAUCAAGGACUUGGCUCAUCGUCCAGUGCGACCCAGGAGUUUACUAAUUAGACGAUUUACCCAGACAGAUAACAGACUAAAGGAAAGCGAAGACGAUUUUGGUGCGGUAAGACCAUCAAAGCAUGAGCGCAGCUACUCUAGCUCCAGCCUCGUGCAGGUAAACACCCCUCCUACGCACCAUAGUCUAUCUCCUGGUAAGGACCAACCAAUCGCGGAACGGCUCACUCAGUUAGAGUACGAAGAUCUGCAUGCAUCUUCAUACUCCCGAAAACAGGAACGAAAGCCGUCGCGAUCCAAUGCGACCGAUAUUCGGUCAAUUUUAUCUCGACCCUCUUCUGUGGCAAAUAUUAUUCCUGAAGAGGUGGAUCUAAUGAUGGAGAAAAUUAGCAAGAUCUAUGUAGCCUCUCCUUUCCUGGCUAAAAAGGAUGCUGUCGAGAAUUCUGAAAUCUUUAUUUCUUACUACCUUUCAGAUAUACCAUUGUCUCCAUGUCUUCCUACUAGUGAAGACUCCGUCGACGCUGCCGAUCUUUUUACUCUAGAGGCCCAGCCAAAUCUCAAGGAUCUCGAGGUUAUCGCGUCUCCAUCGGUAUCAAGUUCAAGGCACUCUUUGCAAAAGCCACUUCCGAUUACCUCGUAUAAACCAGCCUUGAAUCAAUUAAGCUUAGAUAUUGCUACAUUCAGCAGAAGCUGUGAGCUCAAUCCGCAGUUACAAAAUGCCCUUACGUCACUACAGACUGCAGUUUUUGACAUGGUAUCAGCCAUUAAUCAUGAACUUGAUCCUGAACACAAGAGCAUUUGUAUCUUUGAGGAACGGAUAGGAGGUGGGUCUCAUAGUCCAACCCCUUCAAAAUCGAGUUCCUCGGGUAGCCACCGCAACCUUAAGAAAAUGGAGGACUCCAUACUCACGUUGAGGGACAGGCUGAUCCGCGUCGCCAUGACCUUAGUGGUGAACAUCGGUACUGAUAAAGGGCUUGUGUACGGCGAUGUCAGUCAUAUGAUCAAUGCAGUGUCGAUCUACCUGCCUCGCGGUGGCUUACAGAUCUUGAGAAAUAUCAUUCUCAAUCCACUUCCACUGGAUAUCAGCGUUUUGGUCAAUGAGGGAUUGAGUCUGAUAGAAUUUUGUAACAAAAUAUAG